CCGGGGGCUUCUGGGCCCGGCCUCCGCGAUGGCUCCGCUGCCCGUAGCGGGGGCGCUUGUGUAGGCCCAUCCCGAGCCAUGGCCUUCGUGCAGCCCGGCCAGGGCGGCCCCGGGGAGCCCAAGCAGAGGCUGGAGACGGGGGGCGAGGAGUGGUGCGACAGCGGCCUGGGCUCGCUCAGCGAAGGGCAGCUGGUCCAGCUCCAGGAGGAUGGAGGCCUGGGGGUCCGUGGAGACUCCGAGGGGGGGUCUGGGGUCUGCCCAGUGACCUCUGACCCCAGAGCCCCCCAGAAGUCCUUGGAGGAGGAGGAGGAGGAGGAGGAAGAGGGGCGCCUGGACUCGGCCCUGGGGGGCGACGAGGGGGUGGGCGACCUGGUGGAAGGGGUGGGGGGCGUCCACCUCCAGAGCCAGGUGGCCCCCGAGGCUUGGCUGCGACACGUCCUGGGCUUCGUCACCGAGGAUGGAGACACACCGCACUACACAUCGCCGUCAUCCUCGGGGCAUCCAGCUUUGUUGGCAAACUUGUGUCGGCAGGAGCCGGGCUAGGCGUCCAAGAGAAAGGAGGCCACACGGCCCUGCACUUGGCGUGCCGAGAGGGAUGGCGGGAUUGCGCGGAACAGCUUCUGGCGCCACUCGCCAACCAAAGGCUCAGUCAGGGCAACCGUUUCCAGGGCCAACUGGAUCGCGCCAAUUACGAUGGUUACAUCCCCCUGCAUGUGGCCAUUCUACGGAAAGAUUUGGACAUGGUCAGCCUCUUAAUCUCUGCAGGAUCUGAUCUCAACAGGCAGGAGCUAAGUUGUGGCCGGAGCCCCCUCCACCUGGCGGUGGAAUCCCAGAGCCCUGAAAUAGUGGAAUACCUCUUGCGUGCCGGAGCUGACACAGAGGCACGCAUGUAUGUGGGCUACACGCCCAUGUACAGCGCCAUGCACCGGCUUGACCAAAAAAUCCCACAGCUCUUACGGGAAUUUGGCUGCGAGGAGCCGGAGUGGGAUUCCGAAGAAAGUGUGGACAGUAACAGCGAGGAAGAAUAUGACGACAUCGUGAUCAACUGUGGCCACUAGAAGGGAGCCCGAAAGAGCCCUUUUGCCCCACGCUGGACUCCGCUAAAAGUGCCCCAGGGUGGCAGCUGGCUAUGUUCUCUGUAGCAAAUUGCAUCUUCACUGUGAGCUAGAUGUGAAACUUAUUUAUAAAGGCCGGGACGAAAGGGUUAGCAGCCUCGCCUGGCCCGGAGGCCUCUUUCCCCAGGGGCCCCCAUUCCGAUGUGUACCCUCCGUUAUUUUGUCCUUCGGAAAUUGAUGUCUCGUCUCCGAUGUCUCUCUCUUUGCCUGCCUUGAUGUCUCAGAAUCAGUAGGUUCGGGUUUCCUUCGUUAUUAGCCAGUGGCCGGCGUGUGUCCCAAGCAGAGCCUAGUUGCGAAAAGGCCUCCUCUUGUCCCAUCUCUUCCUGGAUCACACACACACCCCUCCCCGACCUUCCUGGGGAUGCUCACGGUCAGAUUCGGGUUUCCCUUCCUCCUUAAAUGUCUGUGAAUCUUGUUCCGGAGAGCUGGAGGGUCUGAGGACCUUAGAUGGGCUCCUCCUGCCUUGUCGUCGCGGAUUUGCCAGGCGCGAACAGCCAGAUUUCCCGGUUGAAGAGUUCAAUCAGCUACUUCAUUGCUGGUGUGUAGAAUACAGGAAUCUGCCCAGAUUGCCAGUUUGCGCCUUGGUCAGACACAGUAAGGUUCAACCGCAUUCAAGAAGGUCAGGCGUCGCCCUUUUGUGCCUACGUAGAGAUUCCAGACUAGUUCCCCGCUUGACUCCUCCCCCUCGCUCGGCCAAUGUCUUUCCGACGAGAAUAAGGUCCUGGCACCAGGGAAAGUUUUUCCUCUUCGCGGCUUGGUUUUCAACACAACCGUCACCCCAACCGGCGUGAGAUUUUUGCGGGCGAGCUGUAACCCUAAAUAUUUGGACCAAUUUUUAUCCGGGGCUUCGCAAAAUACCAACUUUGAAGGGGGGGGUCUCAUAGCAAUUGGGGGGGGGUUGUUUAGUUGGGAGGGGGAGAUCUCUUCCGAAAUAAAAGCGGGAUUUAGGAAGAAGAAAUUUUAAUUUUUCUUUCCUUCUUCUGGAAUUGUAAAAAAAAAAGGAGUUUGUGGAUUGUAAAAAGAAAGUGGAAAAGUGAAGCUUAGACGAGCAGUAAUUCUGUCAGGCCCUGAUGAAGGGAUGGUCUCAACUCACCUUGUCUGGAAGGGCGGCAUCAUUAUUGCCCGAAGCCCCCCACCCCCCGAAUCCCCCCUUGUUGGGCAGUUCAGAUACGAGCCCUGAAAAAACUUCCCGCUAAAUUCCAAGGGAAGUGAAUCCUUUUGGCCAAUCCUGCCUCUUCUUCCCACUCCGGCUUUAUUUCUAAAUCUGGAGAAUAAACUGGGAAGAGGGAGGAUUGCAGUCCUGUCUCUCCCCAGUAUCUGACAAGCCGCUAGGAAAUAAUUUGUCCCCAAAAGGUGACCGCGGACGGCAUCACCGCGAAGGAAAAGAUGCCAGUGCAAAUUAGCGAUGGUUAGGAUGGGUCUAGCACACUGUUUCCCAACCUCGUCCACUUGAAGAUGUCCGGAUUUCAACAAGCUGGCUGGGGAAUUCUAGGAGUUGCAGUCCGGACAUCUUCUCAAGUAGGCAAGGUUGGGAAACACUGUGCUAGCCGCUAGGAUUCGAUGGAAGAAGACAGAAUUGGAACCCAGAACCUGCUUGGAACUGGUGUUUCACAACAACUGGGGGGGGGGGGAAGGAGGCUGGAGGUUCCCCACUCCUCUCCUAGGAGCUGUCUCCGGAGCGUAACACCCCCCUGCAGGAGUGUCUCUUUAAAAUAACACACACACACACACACCACCGGUAUGCCUGUAACAAAGAGGAAAGAAUUGUGGGUUUACCAGGCUUUUGAACUCUGCUCUGCCUUGCCGUGUUCCUAGUCCCCCUUUCCACGGACGCUCAGUGUUUUGAAGUUCCAGUGUGGUUUCCUGUGACCUGCAUUUAUGACUCGAUUCGCUCUCUCUCUCUCUCUCUCUCUCUGCUUUUUUCCCCCCACCCCUCCUUCCUGGCUCUUCUCUGUCGAUUGUAUUCUGUAGGUCUUCCCGAGCAGACAGAUUAAACUUUACGGAUACGGUG